GUGAGCGCAAUGUAAACGCUCAACACUGGCGCGCUCUUCACUUAACAGUUUCGCUCUCGCUCUCUCGCUCGCUUGCUCGCACUCCAGCUAAAUAAACCAAUAAGAGCAACAGCCGCUGCCACUGGACUCGCUGCAGACCGAACAGCAGCAGCAGCAGCAGCAACAACAGCAAGACCGUGCAGAGAACGUGAGAGCGCAAAAGAGCGGCUGGCGCAGUGGCUGCUUCGGCUGCCGAUUGGAAUUUUUGGUGCAUAACAGCGCCAUAACAGCGCUCGAACAGAAGCAAAAACAACACCGAGCAAGGCGGACGUGUGUGCGCAUAUUGUUGAUAAAUUUUUAGAAUUUCUGUGUAUGAGAGCUAAACGCAGCAACAACAAACGCUUUCACAACCUAUUCAAAAUAAAUAUACGCGAGCAGAAAUUUUCUAAUAAAUACAGCAAAUUCAAUAAAUAGUGUGAAGUUUAUAAAUCGUGCAGAGUUGCCUUGCCCGUAGUAUUAAAAAAAAAUAAAGAAACAAACAAAACAAGUGUUGAGUAAUAUACGUAAAACGAAACAACAACGCAAUUAGAAAAAGGAAGAAAAUAAAAAACAGUUAGGAAUAUAUGCAUUAAAUUAUGCAACAUUAAUAACCAAUUCAAGAAGCAGCACAGCAACAUUUUCUAAAAAUCGCGCGCGUUUCAACAGCAACAGCAGCAACAACAACAACAAACAGCUGUCAACAAAAUAAUAGAAUUUUGUGCGUGUGUGCGUGUGUGUGUUUUUAUCAACAACAAAGCAAAGCAGCGCGACUUUUUCUCCGUCUUGUUGUUGCUGCCUGUCAAUUUUUGACAUCUCACGUGUGUGUGCGUGUGUGCGUGUGCCUCUCGCUCUCGCUCCGUGCGUGUGUCUCGCUUCAGUUUGUCUUUAGUGUCAGUGGAAGAGAAAGAAAACGAAUAGUUCGAGUGUCUUGCCGUGUCUUACAAAAUUGUGUCUCAAGCUUUGCGCAGCGCUUCAUGCCGGCAUUUUAAUGACGUCACGUCAGCCAGCGCAGUAACAGCAGCAACAACGAAAGCAACAACAACAACUGCAAAGUCAGCAAAACCGCAAGCAAGAAAAAUAAUAUAAAGAGAAAGAAAAAAAAGCCCAAAAACGCGUUUCUUCUGCUGUCGCCCUCUCUCUGCCCCGCUGCUUCGCGCUCUCCCCCUCCAGGCUGCUGUCCGCGUGCAAAAUAAGCUCAAAAAUUAUAAUAACAACGCAUAAUGUAAAAUCAGCGUAUGCUCAAUAAAGAAAAGCUUACACGAAAAAAAAAAAUAAAAACCAAAACAAAGCAAGGCAAAAAAAGCUGCUAAACUUACAAACAAUAAUCAAGUUAAAGCAUAUUUAUAUAUAAACGUUUGUUCGAAUCAAAAUUAAACUAUACAACUGUUAGCCAAGAUAGGCUUCAAGUACCCCAAGCUAUCAGCCAUCCCCAAGCUUUGUAAACAGAUAAAAAAAGCAAGUGUAAACGCUACAACAAGAACUCAUACAAAACGCUACCAUCUAUGCUAAAUAUAUAUAAAUAUAUGUAUACCUUAUAUAUAUAGGUGCUGAUCUGUGCUAAGAGCUGUUUAUCUAAAAAACAAAACAAAAAAAACCCAAACAAAGCCAACGUCAUAAACGUAAAACGCGCAACAUUUCUAGUCGCCAGCUAAGCUAUCUAUAUAGUCUCCCCAGCUAAAAACUAUAUAUUUCUAUAAUAUAUAUAUAUAUAUAUAUAUAUCUAGAAUACCUAUAUAUAUAUAUAUUAUAAUACUGAAAAGUUGCCGCUACGAUGGCCAACGUUGUGAAUAUGAACAGCCUGCUGAAUGGCAAGGACUCGCGCUGGUUGCAGCUGGAGGUGUGCCGCGAGUUUCAGCGCAACAAAUGCUCGCGCCAGGAUACGGAGUGCAAGUUCGCCCAUCCGCCGGCCAAUGUGGAGGUGCAGAACGGCAAGGUUACCGCUUGCUAUGACAGUAUCAAGGGACGCUGUAAUCGUGAUAAACCGCCGUGCAAAUAUUUUCAUCCACCACAGCAUUUGAAGGAUCAGCUGUUGAUAAACGGACGCAAUCAUCUGGCCCUAAAGAAUGCACUGAUGCAACAAAUGGGCAUUGCGCCCGGCCCGCCGGUCAUAUCGGGCCAAGUGCCAGCCGUGGCUACAAAUCCCUACUUGACUGGCAUACCAGCCAACACAUACAGUCCUUACUAUGCCGGACACUUAGUGCCUACUUUGCUGGGACAUGAUCCGACGGGCGUUGCCUCACAGCUGGGUACGGUGGUGCCACAGACCGUUCAGGUGGCACAACAGAAAAUUCCACGCUCCGACAGAUUAGAGAGCUCACCUCUUGCGGCACACCAACAACUCAAUCAGCAUCAGCAACAACAACAACAACAACAGCAACAGCUGCAGAACCACCUCCACAACAACAACACCAUCCCAACGGCCGGCGGCGUCGCUGCUGGCGCAACAACAACACCAACAGCAACAACAACAACAAACAACGCUGCCGCUGCCGCUGCUGCUGCCGCCGCCGCCGCCGCCGCUGCCGCUGCUGUCAUGGGUCAUCACACACUGGAAGUAGGCAAGAAGCGGGCAGCGGAUCCUGAAAUGUUUCCACUGCAAUUCUCUGGCAUGGUACCGUUCAAACGUCCAGCUGCCGAAAAGUCUGGCAUUCCAGUGUAUCAACCCGGUGCGACAACCUAUCAACCAUUAAUGCAGCCCUACGUGCCAGUGUCAUCAAACACUAAAAUGCCACCUCUUAAUGCUUCCUGUGUUAUCUACACCGAUGCCAGCGGACAGUUACUGGACACCCUCCCGGUGUGCCAAGAUUUUAAUAGAUCUAUGUGCAGUCGGUUAAAUUGUAGAUUCGUUCAUUUAACUGAAGAUGACAAGGUCGAGGUGAUUGAUCAACGUGUUGCUGUCUGUCGGGAUCAUGCCAAUAGCCAGUGCCGUCGUAAACAGUGUAAAUACUAUCAUAUACCGAUUGUCUUGCCACCGGCCAAUAUAAUGGCCGCCAUGAUCACCAAUCCCAGUGAGCAGCAGGCGGCUGCUGGCAGUGUGGUGGCAACAACAACGGCAGCAGCAGUUGCUGCUGGCUAUAACAACAGCAACAACAAUUUGAUCAUCAUUGAGCCGCAUCAGCAGCAACAGCAGCUGCAGCAGCAGCAACAACAACAGCCGCAGCAGCAAUACAGUUAUCAUACCAACACCAACUACUAUCACAGCAACACAAAUAAAGCAGCAGCAGCAGCAGCCACACACCACGCCAGCAACAUGUAUCAGCAACAUCAUCAUCAGCAGCAACAGCAGCAACAACAACAGCAUAUUACUUACCACUGCAGCUCACCGUACUCCCCCUCUUCGGCCUCCUCAUCAUCCUCCUGUUCCAUAGCCACAUCUCCCACACUAUCGUCGGCCACCACGCUGUCCACUACAUCGACGGCAACAAUGCCCACACCGCAGCAACAAUACGCUGCUGCUGCUGCUGCGGCACCGACAGCGGCAUUUCUCAAGGCGCCUGCCUACUAUACCGAUGCCACGCCUACUCUGGUGCUAAGCAGCGAUUACAAUUCCAACUGUAUACCCAUUCAGGCAGCGCCCUUCAUCUCGCUGCCGCAGCAACAUGUCCUCAAGUACACGACGCCGCAGCAGCACCAACAGCAGCAACAUCACAGCCUGAUACACCAUCAGCAACACGCGUAUGUGGGUCAUCAUUAUCCGGUGGUGGCCACCACAGUGGCUGCUCUGCCGGCCACCACAAUCACCGUUACGCCGGCCACAAUAGCCGCGCCCUCAUCAUGCAUCUAAACAAGCACACGCACACACACACACACACACACACACACACACACACACACACACACACACACACACACGCAUUAACACCAACACACAGUAAAAUAAAAUCGAAUAAAAUUUUGAUGCAAAUUAAAGGUUGAUAUGAACUAUUUACAAGAGCAACAAACAUUAUGAGGAAAUAUAAAAAAAAUAAUAAAACUAAAAAAUAUAAAAUAUAUAUAUUGAGAAAUUUACAUAACUUUUUCGUACGUAUAGCAAGACUUUAACGUAAGCAUCAGAUUUACACACAAUCGACAUACAUAAAGAGAAAACAUUGAGUGACAACUCUACAAUAUUAGAAAACCCACAAAAAAAUAAAAGAAAAUUACAAAAAAAAAAUGUUUAGUGUUGUUAAAUGAGAAACAGAAAAAUUUAGCAAUUAAAAUAAUUGAAAUUGAUAAAAAAAAUAAAUAAAAAAAAUAAAUAAAUAGUUAUACCAAAAUGGGAAAAGCGCAGUUGCAUUAAAAUUAGUUACAAACUAUUUUAAACUCUAGUGUUCCAUAUUUCAAUGCAAAUACAAAUAAAAUAUAAAUAAAUAUUAUUAUAACAAUUAAAGUAAACAUUUAGUAAGGAGUGUUAAUAAUAUAGCUGUCGAUAAGCCUAAUGAAAAGUCUACAACAAAUUACAUUGAAAAUAGUCAAAAUUAAUCAAAACGAGUAAACAUUCAUAGGCCAUGAUUAAGCAGCAACAACAAAUACGAGUAUGUUAAAACAACAACAACAAAAACAACAACAACAAACAACAAAAAUAAAUUAUAAAAAAUAUAUAAGUACAGUCACGUCCUAUUUUUGCAACAACGAUUUACUACCAAACAAAAACGAAAAGCAGAUGAAGAGAAAGAAAUGCGCAAGGCAAACAAUUUCAAAGGAUUUUUUUAAAAAUACAAAAGAAAACCAUAUUCCUUUUUUUACAUUUUA